GAUGACAGCUGUUUGACGUAGGGACAGCAGGAGGAGGUGGCACACGAGAAACAUCAAAUGUAAAAGACAGAGGAUGCAACACGCUGGAGAAACACAGAGCAACACAUCCAUAUACUAAGAAUGAGUGAAACUCCAACACAGCUUGAGCUAUCAGUCCCAUCAUCAUCACAACCAGAAGUUGAGAGGGGGUUUCAGCCAAUACUCACCACCCAAGAUCCUCCUGAGACCCAUCAGCAAACCCAGCUCCAACUUGAGAUACAGCUGUCAGGGUCUAAUCCCGAGCACCAGCGCCGAGCAAAGCCCCUGUGGAUAAAACAUCGAAGGCUGCUUCUCCCAUUUUUGGGGUUCUCCUUAUGUGCUGUCUUUCUGGGACUAACUUACUAUGUGCACCAGAAUCUUCGAAACAGGAGCAACAUCCAGAGAGUGACAGCAUGUGUUUCCCCAGCCUGUCAGCAGGCCUCAGCCCGUCUGUCCACGUCUGCCGAUCCUUUCACACAGCCCUGUGACUACUUCUUGUUCACAUGUGGAUCUGACAGACUCUCUCAACCUGAAAAUGGGGGAAGACAAAGAGGGCAGGGCAUUCCCGGACAUCCACAGAACCAGAAUGGGAAAUCUGUUUGGUCAGAGAGGAGAAGACAAAGUAAAGAGAGAGAAGACAGAGGGCUGAGACAGGAGAAAAUACUGGACAGAAAAACUGUGCUGCUGCAGUAUCUCAGGGAGAUUUUGGAAUCAAACUACAGUGUUGGUAGCUCAGCAGUGCAGAAGGCCAAAGGAUUCUACCAUUCCUGUGUGGACACGAGAUCUAUAGAAAGUGCCGGAGCAGAGCCCUUCCUUACACUCAUCCAGAGACUGGGAGGUUGGGCAGUAUCAGGCCAGUGGAAUCAGACUGAUUUCAACUCCACCCUGAGCUUGCUAAUGAGAGACUAUGCCACCUUUCCCUUCUUCAACCUCUAUGUGGGCAAAGACCCAAAUGAAAUUGCCCAUGGGACAGCCAAAAGAUACAUACAGAUUGAUCAGCCAGAGCUGUUGAUUCCAAUUGAAUGGAACAGCAAGACACACAAGUCUCAAGCUAAAGCACAGACGUUACGUUCCUUCUUGGCAACAUGUCAGAGGUACCUGGCGCUGCUGGGGGCCCCGCCCAGCAGCAGCAUGAUCCACGUGGGCAUGUUCUUGUCUCUGUCCUCUGAGCUCGCUGUGGCGGCUGCACCUCUGCAAUAUCGCCUGUCAAAACAACAGCUCUAUCAGCGGAUGACCAUCAAAGAACUCCAGAGCCAGGCCCCUGCCAUCGACUGGUUGGGCUGCCUGCGGGCAGCUUUCCACCCACUGCCCCUGAUCGAAGACGAUCAUGUCCUCCUGCAUAACUUACCUUACAUGGUGCAGAUGUCCCCCAUCAUCAGGAAAUGGCUGAACAGGCAUGAGCUGAGCAACAGCGGUCCCCUUCAAACAUACAUGUUCCUGAAUCUGCUGCACACCCUGAUGCCUGCCCUGGACUCCAGAUUUUCUGAAACAGCAAAUAAUUUAUCUGUGGCUCUGGGUAACACAGAAGGGGUGGUUCCUCGCUGGAAACACUGUGUGCUGGAGACUGAAAGAGGAUUUGACUCAGUUCUGACAUACCUCCUCAGUGAGAGGAUGGCACAAAGAGAGGCAGAGGAGAUUAUCCAAAAUAUCUUUUCAUCCUUCAAGUCCAAAUUACAUGAACUCAAGUGGACAGAUCAGAAGUCUCUCCUGUCUGUUAUGAAAAAGGUUCACUCUUUGAUUCCAAGACUCUGGACAACAAGAGAGAUCUCUAGUGAAGCUGAGCUUGACCUGCUUUUCUCUAAGGUGUCGCUGAGCACGCACAGCUUCUUCUCCAACUACGUCCAGCUGCUGUCCUUGUGGCAAAAGAGACGCAGAAAGAUCUUGACUGAGCAGACUGAGGCGGCUGAUAUUCUGUCUGUCACACCACUUAUCCAGGGUAAUGAGCUCCUCUUUCCCAUGGGAAUGUUUGUCCCCCCUCUCUUUCAUCCAACUUAUCCCAGGGCAAUGAAUUAUGGUGUAAUGGGUUUCCUCAUAGCCAAAGAUAUCCUCCACUUGCUUCUGCCUGACAUUUACUCUCAGAGUGAGACAGUGCAUGCUGUGGGGGAAUGUGUGUGGGCUCACUAUCUCACUGUGACAGAAAAAGCCGGCAGAGGUGGAGCAUUUUCUCUCUCAGCAGCGCAGCGGCAGGAGGUGUGGGUGCAGUAUUCUGCACUGCAGAUAGCACUGCAGGCUUAUCAUCAGAGUCUGAAGAAGCAUCCGGGGGACACCUCCAUCUCAGGAUUCUCACACACUCAUCUGUUUCUCUCAUCUUUUUCUCAGGUGAACUGUGACUUCGACCCCUACCAUGAAUUCAUGCCUUUGGAGCCCUCCUUCCUGAUUACAGUCAUUUGCGCCAAAUCUCACCUGUGUCCUACAAACUUACAGUGUCCCGAUAAAACCGAGCAACACUCAUUACAAACAUGCUGAAGAGAGUCCUCUGAAGACCAGCAGGACUUUUGUUUUUGUAACUGAAUAUUCUAAAUAGUCUGACAAAAUAUCCACAUCCAUGUGGUGCUGUAGAGACCACUGUGGAUGUUGGCAAACUGUUGUUACAAAUAAAGUUUAAUAACAUCAGAGUACCAACAGUAUGUACAACCCAAGAGACACUUACGUUUUUUUUUUUGUAUUAGCCUUGAUUGUUUUUAAGAUGUGUUUGCAUGGUUCAUUAAUUGCACAAGCUGUUUCAGUAUUCAUUUAAAUAAAAAAUGGACAUUUGAAAAAAUA